AAUUAAACCCAAUUAAUAUAUAUAUUUUUUAGAUCUUGUUAUAAUAUAUCUAGCUAAUAGUUAAAUCUGUAUUGAUUUAUGACCUCUAUUCUAGCUUCUUAAUUCACUAUCCAAUCAUAACUAUAUCUUUCACUUGAAAGUUCAUAUAUGUGUGUCGACAAGGAUUUCAAUUGAUCAAGUUAUAUUUUCUUAUACUUGAAAAAAAGUUCAUUUUCUUCAAAAAAUAAAUAAAUAUGAGAGCCGGUGGUUUCACUAUCCAACAAGCUCUAAGUUCCGAUGCGGCAACCAUCAUAAAACAGGCGGUGACGCUUGCACGCCGCCGUGGUCAUGCUCAAGUAACCCCUCUUCAUGUGGCUAACACCAUGCUCUCCUCGGCCACUGGCCUCCUUCGGUCAGCUUGCCUUGGAUCCCAAUCCAACUCCCACCCUCUUCAAUGCAAAGCUCUCGAGCUUUGCUUUAAUGUCGCCUUAAACCGUUUACCCACAUCAUCUUCUAGCCCAAUGAUGCUAGGCCCAAACCACGCGUCCCAACAUCCAUCGAUUUCAAACGCUCUCGUGGCGGCUUUCAAGAGGGCUCAAGCUCACCAGAGGCGUGGUUCGGUAGAGAACCAGCAACAGCCGUUGCUCGCUGUAAAGAUUGAGCUUGAACAGCUGAUUUUAUCGAUUUUAGAUGACCCUAGUGUUAGUAGGGUGAUGAGAGAAGCCGGGUUUUCUAGUACCCAAGUGAAAAACAAUGUUGAGCAAGUUGUUUCUCUAGAAUUAUCCUCUCAUCAAACAACCCCUCCUCCUUCUGUUUCAAGUAGUACAAAACAAAAUAAUAAUGGUGAAAACCGCCUUUAUAAUAAUCAAGUCGUUAAGGUGAGGAACGAGGAUGUGAUGUGCGUAAUAGACAGUCUCCUAAAAAAGAAGUGGUCGCGAAGCCUUGUGGUAGUGGGUGAGUGUGUUGCCACCAUUGAAGGUGUAGUAAAAGGUGUGAUGGACAAGGUUGAUGAAGGAGAAGUCCAUGAAACUCUUAAAAAUGUCAAGUUCAUUAAUUUUCCUCUUUUCUCUUUUAGUCAACUUUCUAGAGUUGGCGUAGAACAAAAACUUGGAGAGCUAAGGAACUUAGUAAAAGGGUUUAUGCAAGGAGGGGUUGUGCUUUAUUUGGGAGAUCUUAAGUGGAUUACCGAGUAUAGGGUUAGUUCAUCAUGGAGUAAUGGGAGAAGGGGAUAUUAUUGUCCAAUUGAGCACUUGAUUAUGGAGUUAGGAAGGCUAGUUUGUAGUAGUACUAAUGAUCAAGAGAUUAGUAGCAAGUUUUGGGUAAUGGGGAUAUCAUCUUUUCAAACAUACAUGAAGUGUAGAAAUGGUGACCCUUCCCUCGAAAUCAUUUGGAAGCUUCAUCCCCUUACGAUACCGUCUGGGAGCUUAAGCUUGAGUCUUGUUCCACAGAGUGAUAUUGGAAACGAAUGUGGAAGCAAGAGUAAUGGCAACAAUGGGGAUAGUCGACGGAUGCUUGAAAGUGGAGACAACGAUAAGCAACUUACAUGUUGCAUGGAUUGCUCAGUGAAUUUUGAGAGUGAAGCAAAAACCUCAAGAUCAUCAAGCCUCCCUUCAUGGCUUGCUGAUGAGAAAGUAGUAAUUAAUAAUGAAGAUAAGGAAUGUGUUUCAGUAGGAGAGCUGUGCAAGAAAUGGAACUCAAUAUGUACUUCAGUUCACAGAAACAAAUCCAAGUUUCAAAGAAGCUUAAGCUUCAACUCGUCCGUUUCACCACCAGCUUCUUCUUGCUUUUCUUACAAUAAUCAAGAAAAUAAUCCUGAUUCAAACCGAGCCUCAGAUGAGCGUCAACUUUGGGAUUUUACAGCACUAGAGAAAAACCAUGAACGAAAUCAUCAUCGUCGUCAUGAUGAUGAGGUACAAAGAUUUCCAUCAAAUCCUAACUCCGCUCCCAACUCAGUUUCUUCAAGUGAACAUCUCAUGGAGGUGGAAUAUGUGCAAAGAUUCAAGGCGUUCAACGGAGAAAAUCUGAAAAUCCUAUGCAAUGCAUUGGAAGAGAAGGUUACAUGCCAGAAGGAUAUUGUUCUUGAUAUUGUGAGUACAAUACUGAAAUGUAGAUCAGGAAUGCUUAGAAGAAAAGACAAGGCAAACAACGAUGAACCGAAAGAAGAGACUUGGUUUUUCUUCCAAGGGAUUGAUUCACAAUCAAAAGAGAAGAUUUCUAGGGACUUGGCUAAGGUUGUCUUCGGGUCUUACUCAUACUUUACGACAAUUUCUCUAAGCAACUUCUCAUCAUCCCCAAGAGUGGAUUCAACUGAUGAUCAAACGAGGAACAAGAGGUCGAGAGAUGAACAAAGUUGUAGCUAUCUCGAGAGGUUCACUGAGGCCGUGUCCAUGAAUCCACAUAGGGUUUUCUUGGUCGAGGACGUGGAGCAAGCAGAUUAUUGUUCUCAAAUGGGGAUUAAACGGGCGAUUGAAAGAGGGAAACUAACACACUCGAAUGGUGAAGAAGUUGGGUUUUGUGAUGCAAUAAUCGUGUUAAGCUGCGAAAGCUUUACCUCCAGAUCAAGAACAUGUUCUCCUCGAGUAGCGAAAGAGAAAGCACCACAAGGAGAAGAUAAAGAAGAAGAAGGAAGCCCUGGUUGUUUAUCUUUGGAUUUGAAUAUUUCAUUUGAUGAUGAAGACAAUAAUGAAAUGCAAUCCAGCAUUAUGUCCAUGGAUGAUAUAGGGUUAGUUGAAUCCGUGGACAAAUGUAUCAAUUUCAACAUUCAAGAUUUGUCACUCUAAAAUCUUGAAUCUUGAACUUAAUUAAUAUCCUUCAAUUCCCAAA